AUGAUUUCCAUACAGAGGAAGAGUCUGUUGAGGGUAUCGUCAGCUUACAGGACGGUGUCAGCGGAGGCGGUACAGCUCAUCGCGGGUUUUCCACCAAUUGACCUGAUGUUGGCCGAAAGAUGCUUCCUCUUUACGAGGUGGCAGGAAAGGUGGACAAGGGAGCAUGGAAAGGCGGACUGGACUAAGAGGCUGAUAUCCAAAAUAGAAGCAUGGCUGGAAAGCACACAUAAACGUACCGGAUAUUUUUUUACACAGUUCCUCACAGGCCACGGUUCAUUCGGAACAUAUACGAAAAGAAUAAGGAAAAUACCAGAUGAUAAGUGCAUAGAGUGCAAAGUACCGGAUAGCCCAGAACACACAUACCAGGCAUGUAAGAGAUGGAAUACGGAGAGGGAAGAAGUCAGGAAGGAACUGGGCACACUACCACCGAUUGAGGAGAUCAUAACAAGAAUGCUGGAAACACCUGAGAGCUGGAAUAUACUGUACAGCUAUAUAGCCGGGAUAAUGAGGAGAAAGGAGAGAGGAUAG